AUGUCUACGAAUAUAACGUGGCAUGCAGGUAAUAUUUCGCGCGAAGAGCGGGAAAAAUUACUGGGUUACAAAGGUUUAACAAUCUGGUUUACCGGAUUGUCUGCAUCGGGAAAGUCCACCUUGGCAAGCGCAUUGGAACACCAAUUGUUAACUUUAGGUGUGCCAAGUUAUAGACUUGACGGUGACAAUAUUAGGUUUGGUCUGAAUAAGGAUUUAGGUUUUGGUCCGAAAGACCGUGAAGAAAACAUUAGAAGAAUUGCUGAGGUUGCAAAACUUUUCGCUGAUUCUACAGCAAUCGCAAUUACUUCUUUCAUCUCACCCUAUCGGUCUGACCGCGAUGCCGCGAGAAAAUUACACGAAGAUAGUGGUAUCCCCUUUGUUGAGGUAUUUGUUGAUGCACCCCUCGAAGUUGUUGAAAAACGCGACCCAAAAGGAUUAUAUAAAAAAGCCAAGGCUGGUGAAAUAAAAGAAUUUACUGGCAUAUCAGCCCCCUAUGAAGCACCUAUAUCUCCAGAAAUUCAUAUUCGUACUGACCAAAUUGCAGUAGAAGAAGGGGUCAAGAUUUUGGUUGAUUAUUUGGUUAACCAAAAACAUUUAAAAAAUGGAGUUGGAAUAAACUAG